UCGAGCAUGUGGAUUUUUGAGGUUAAUUCUCCGUUAUAAACAAGUCAGGGCAACUCGAACAAUUUUUUCAUAUUUGACUAUUAAUUAUCGAGUGUAAAAUAUGACGAAAAUAAAACAAAAAGGGUCUGCGUCGUGGAAGUCUUUAACCCUCGAAGGUGCGAUAUUUUCAUCAGGCGUUGAGGGAUUAAUUGGUAUUGAAGAGCUGGUGGACUACAGCCUAGAGAAUAAAUCGGAGAAAUCGUCAAAACGAAAGAUAUCCCAGGAUUCUUCUGAAGAAUCAGAUCAAGACGGCAGUCCAGCCGCCCAGAGUAAUAAAAAAUCAUUCAAUGCAAAGAAAAAGAAGAAAAAAGGAAAAGGCCUUCAACCGAAAUCCUCACCAACAGAACCAGGCGAGAAUCCCCCUACCAACGAAUCCGAGGAUUUAAACUUCAGUGCGGAGGCAUGGACGACUCUCGGUGUUCCCCCUCUGAUCGUAAAAGCUCUGAAGGACCAGAAAUUCUCAACGCCCACAUCAAUUCAAGCCUUGACCCUCCCGCCAGCAAUUCUAGGAAGAAGAGACAUCCUGGGGGCUGCAGAGACGGGCAGUGGAAAGACCCUGGCCUUCGGUAUCCCAAUUCUAACAGGAAUUCUAGAGUUGAAGGCUGCAGAUCCUGAAUCAUCAAUAGAUGAACCAAAAAAUUUGAAGAAAAUUGAUGGUUCUGGAGCUACGAAUAGUGGAUGGAUCGUUUCAGCGGAGGGUGAAGCUGACGAUGAGGAAAAACCUCCAAAUUCAGAAGAAGAAUCAGAGGGAGAGGAAGAAGUGAAAAAUCCACGCGAAGAGGGCAUGGGUUGCGUCAGAGUAAUCGACAACAUCGACAUCAACGACCUCUCCACCCCCUCACCCCUCCGAAAGACCCUCUACGCUCUCAUCCUGACACCCACCCGAGAACUAGCAAUUCAGAUAAAGAAUCACAUCUGCAGAGCAGCGAAAUACACUGACAUUAAAGUAGCAGUAGUUGUGGGCGGAAUGGCGGCCGUAAAACAGGAAAGAAUUCUUAGCAAGGGUCCGGAGAUUGUUAUAGCCACUCCAGGGCGUCUGUGGGAGCUAAUAGACCAGGGGAAUCCUCAUUUGAGUCGACUGGACUCGUUGAAGUACCUUGCCAUAGACGAGACAGAUCGAAUGUUGGAGAAAGGCCAUUUUCAAGAGCUCCAUCAGAUCCUGGAACGAGUGAAUUCUAAUGAAAUGUCGAUUGGGGAGCGUCAGACUUUUGUCUUCUCAGCUACACUGACAUUGGUCCAUGACAUUCCGGAUUAUUUACAGAGAAAGAAGAAGAGAAAUAGUAAGAGUAAGAUAUUCAAGCUGACGCCUGGCCAGAAGUUGCAGAAGAUCGUGUCACUUCUGAGAAUAAAAAAUCCGAAGAUUGUGGAUGUUACGAAGGCGAGAGGAACUGCUGGGACAUUAACUGAGUGCAGAAUCACUUGCACAAUGGAUCAUAAAGAUUAUUAUCUCUAUUACUUCUUGAGAAGGCAUCAGGGAAGGACUCUGAUAUUCUGCAAUAGUAUAGGAUGUGUCAAGAGGCUAGCAACACUGUUCGGAAUACUGAAGUGCCAUCCACUGCCUCUGCAUGCCAGCAUGCAGCAGAGACAGAGAUUAAAAAAUUUGGAAAAAUUCCAGGAAGAUCCCAAUAGUCUGUUGAUAGCUACUGAUGUUGCUGCGAGGGGUCUUGAUAUUCCGAAUGUCGAACAUGUGAUUCAUUAUCAGGUACCGAGGACUUCGGAGGGGUAUGUUCAUCGAAGUGGGAGAACUGCUCGUGCCCAGAAGGAGGGGAUCACCGUUUUGAUGAUGGAACCUUCUGAGCUGCCUUACUACACGAAGCUGUGUAAAACUCUUGGCCAUACCAAGGAUAUACCGACGUUUCCGGUGGUGGAUAGACUCCUGGUGGCGGUGAAAGAGAGGGUCAAUGUCGCCAGGGAAAUCGAUAAGUUGGAGUUGAGGUGUAGGAGGGAUAAUGUGCAGAAGGGGUGGCUGAAGAAAGCUGUUGAGGACAUGGAUCUUGUGCUGGAUGAGGAUCAGAUCGAGAGUACUAUGGAGUCCAGGGAGUCUGCUGAGUUGCGGAGACAACUGAAGAGGAAGAGACAGCAGCUCAAUAGCUUAUUAUCGAAGCCUUUGUUCCCGAAGGGAUUUUCGGGGAAAUAUCUGGAGAUGAAUGAGAAUAUUCAAGUUCUGCAGGAGGGUCAGACAGCGGUUCAAGUAAUGAAGAAGGCGAUCGAUGAGAAACCGAGUGGGAAGCAGAAAAAAUUAAUGGAAUUGCGAAGAAAAGCAUGAAUGUCAAGAAACGUAAAGUGAAAGGUGGGAAGAAAUCCUCAAAAUAAUGUAGAAAUGAGAAAUGUGAAUAUUGUACAAGAUGAAUUAAAGAGACAAUUAAUUAUAAAUAAUUGACAUAUUCUUCAAAAUAAAGUCGACCGAAUAAUUUACGAA